AAGGUUUGCAAAAGAAAUCCAGGAAUUGCAAAUAUCGCGCUUCGAAAACCGCCUAAAUGACCAUGAGUGGCGGCUGCAAUUCUUGCCUCAGUUAGCAUACGGCGAGCUCUACUUAUGUAUACUUAACCUGUCAGAGAAUGCACAGAAGCUCGGUAACCAGUCAGCGGUUUGUGAUCACCUAAUAAGAACGCUGCACAAUCUGGUGAUAUUUUUGGACUACGACUGCUUGGAGGGUGUUCCGUUGGCCCUCGCUUGGAUGCUCACUUAUUUUCCCGCAGCUGCGCAGUCAAGCGUGAUCGAACUCAUGUGCGCCGUUGUUAUUCCUUUGGUAUACAACUGUAAAGAUGAUCAGGAAUCAUACGCUAUUGAUUCCAUACCCUCGAUCCUUACAUUGGUCUUCCAGCAUGUGGAAAAAAUUGAAUAUCAUGUGUGGGUCGUGGAAAGCUUUUUGAGUAAAAAGAAGGAACUGCACAAAGACCUUCUUUUGAUUAUCGCGUACGGUCCAACAGAGGCGCGACUACCGGCUGUCUGUUUACUUUUUCACUACUGGCCCGAAAUCUAUCCAGCUGGAUUCCAUGCCAAUCAGACAUUACGUCCACUUCAUUAUGUGUGGGAACCUUGGAAACCAUUGACCUGCGAUAGGACCGACUGUCCAAACAAAGCGGGAAAGGCAUUCGCGAUGAAAAUGACAGUCAACCCUCGGAUCGCUGCUCAGCACGGCGGAAAGCCACCCCCACUGUAUGUUUGCUUGGACUGUGCGGAUGCCCUUAAUCGAAGGGAUUUCGAUCAGCUGGUGGAUAUUUUGCUUCCUAGUAAACAGAUAAGUCUCGUCUGUGAAUCGAAGACUUGCCGAAGUAAAAACAACCAAGCUGCCGUCACAUGCUACUCUACUGAUUGUACCUUCCUUACCGGGAAUCGGGCAAUUCGUUUUUGUGAUGCAUGUCACACCCUGAGACACAGCUACGGGCAAGCCACUUCCAGUGCUUCUAUUUCCAGCCGCACCGAGAGCAGAAUGACCGCCAGCGAACCUUUGGGUAGGACACUUUCGACUACUGUAAGACCCAGACAUUCAGGUCAGCAUAUUUACCAAAUGUCCUUGCCUGAUGUUUGGGAUAUGGCUUUGGACCUUCAGUCGAGUAUGGUUGAAGCGAUUGUUUCACUCACUCGGGAAACCAUGCCCCGCUGGCGUCAGAUUUUACUGGGUGGCGGAGAUGUUUCUGACGACGGAAGCAAUGUGCGAGCAGUUUCCGGACUAACAUGUACCGGUCCAAAUCCACCCGGAGGGCCGCCGAGUGGAAGUGAUAUGAUGCUGCUUGGAGUGAACCCUCCGGGGACUGCCACCGGUCAUGGUCUCUUGACGAGUACUGGAACAGGAAUGCAAACUAUGGGUAUCACGCAGUGUUCACCUUAUGCAGAAUUCGGGCAAGGGGCGACAAGUGGAUCCCGUGGAAUCGCCGGACUGACUCCGACUGGCACGAACGCCAGCGGUGAGGUUGGUGAGCUUUCGCUGAUCGGUCGAUAUACCGAGGAGGAUCACAAGGUAUUGGCUGUCUAUGGGGCAUUACUUGUGGGCGAAAAAUGUUGGCCUCGGGAAUUUCUCAAUAUUGAACUGCUCACGCGCAUCACUGCAGGCAUAUUUAACUGGUUUCUGGACACAAUCUAUACGGCCGAAGCCGGCUCCGGUUACGAUGUGCGAGGAACAUUUAGACAACGAUAUGAAGUAGGGGACUUGCUUGAAAAAGUUAAAAGUGAGUACAUCUUGAAGUGGAUACAAGAAGUGCAACGACUUCAUCCAGAAGCCAUCUUUGCCGUCUUGCUCCCGCAUCCUCUCGAACAUGCUCGUGUUGGAAGCUGUUGGGAUGCCCUCUGUGAUCGUACCACACAGGUGAAGCACGGCCUCAGUCGCAUUGGCAGCCUCAUUCCGUAUGAUAUCGUCACGUUUGAGACCUGGGACUUUGUGAUGCCUUAUUGGCUUGAAUCCAUAAGAACCGAAGUGCCGCGUUCAGAUUACUUGGAGCUGGAAAUCCUAUUGAAGAAAAUUUUCGAUGCCACUGCCGGACCGUUCCCGUUCCUGCCACAAAAGGUCUAUCACUUUGCAGCCGAACGCUUCAUCAGCACACCCCCAUCUGUGCAAGAUCAGGCUCUUGCUUGGUUAGAGUCCUUAUAUGCUAAUCGUACCUCUAUUUCUGCUUCGUUCAUCAAUGUUACACGUACGUUCUCUCUGUUUGAUGUAAAGAUUCUAACGAGCGUUGAAGUACCCAUUCCUAUGAAGGAACUCCUAACCAUGUUUCGAAAUGGUGUUGAAGGGUUUCAAACUGAAUUACUCUUGCCUGAAAACGAUAACUAUGAGGAGGACGAGGAUGUCUUAUCCGACGAUGGCAAGUGUACUCGGAGUGCAUCAGUUCCGAAGCAAAUCUCGGCAACGACGAAUAUAGGGAAUCGACCGCCGCCCAAACGAGGAACAAGUGAAGUGGGUGUGUUUGGAACGGAUUCAAAAGAGUUGAGUUUGGAAUCAUCUGGACGGAGAGACCGUGCUGAGAGCGAAACAGAAUCGGACGAAGAUGUGGUAGAUGAAACACGCGUCUUGCUGUCCAGCAAACAACAACCCUCCCAGGACUCUACUCCGCGUAAACCUCGUCGAUCAUUUUCCAGGCGCCGAACGUCGCAUAAAACUAGGGCUCAUAUAAAGCGUCCAAAUUCUGGACAUUCUGCACAAAAUCAAGCAAGCGGGGAAGUAGAGAGCGACGAGACCAAUGAACACCCAAGCCGAACCCACUCACAACCACCAAGAAAGACAGGAAAGCUUGCGGAACCUUUGAAAAUGGCGAGGCGAAGGAGGUCUUUGCCUCAUGACUACCGGAUGACAGAAUGCUUGGCUCAAAUGCUGAACAUCGCCUACAGACAGCUUCGUCUUCAUGAUCCGGUUGGGCAUGGAGGGUAUACACAAGAAACUCCUCAACUUCUACUCCAGCUUUUGGGUGAUAUGCUCCAAUUGUACUGGGGUCAAGAUGGACCAGUGUCGAGGAAAGGUCUACAGGAACUCUAUUGUGCGGGUCUAGAAACUUGCAUUUUUCCAACUCCUACACAACCACAGGAUACAAACCAGAAUCUCGCUGAGGUUCAGCCCCCAAAGUCCGAAUGUAUGGAUUGCCUUGAUAUGCUAACCUGGAUGAACUACGCCGUGCUGAUGUGUCAACACUUGGCUCCAGUAAGGCCCGCACCGAAGACCACAGUGGAGUUCACGGUCGAAGCACUCACGGCUGCCGCGGAGUUUCCGGAGUAUACAGGAUGGGGGGUUACUGGCACGACGCAAAAGAUCAACGAACAAGGCAGUCCACCACAAGCAACUUCCAUUGUUGAGGACCCCAUGUUAUAUCCCAGUUCGAUGGACAUCGUCUCCAUGCCUCCCGUUAUUCGUUUCGUGUACCUUCUGGUCCGGUUUCUGCAGCAAAAUCGGAAACUGCAGCCCACAUUAGAAUCUGAAACCCUUGAUCCGGUCUCGAAUAACACGGGACAAUCAAGCCAGCAAGAUGUCCCUACCGACACCAUUCGUGUCACCAAAGAUCCUAUCGUGCUGCAGUGUGUCUUGGAAUGUCUUGCCUAUUUGUGUCACGUUGGAGACUGUUUACAACAGGUGCUGUCGCGGACGGAGACCAGUGACAAACCUGGACUUCAGGGUUCUACUCCCUCUACUCAAUCUAUAGCAGGUGGCAGGAAUGGGGGGACAGCCAAGCUGCACCACAUGAGCAUAGUGGGAGGUUCAGGCAAUGGGGCUACGCAAAUUGCGGGAUGUCCUGUGGCAUGCACAGCCACCUCAGUGGCACAAGCCAACUUUAUCCAUUACCUGGUUCAUUGCCACCUCAUUCCAAACCUCUGGGGACUUUUGAAAUCGGACCUUUCUCACUUGGCCAGUUGGACUGUGCCGCUACUACUCCACUGUAUACUACUACCUGGUGGAGCCAAAGUGUUUUGGCGUAUAGUGGAAUCAGCGUUCGGCCACGAUGACUGGCGUGUUCGGUUUGACGCAAUCGAACGAGUUACUGUACUAAUGCGUGAGUUGGAUCAUCAAGUAAUGUCUCGCGGAUUUAGCAGUGCCGCUGGCAUUAAAAUAACCGGUGUCCUUUCCGGCGGAAGUAUGGCUAGCGCAAGUGGAAUGACUCUGUUCGGACGCUCAGCUACCUCUGGACCCACAUCACGACCUCGUGCAACCGGAGGUCGUAUGCUGACAGGGAAAGGUGGAUUCAACCGGGGGCAUGGAAACGUGUCAUCCACUGGGGAUGGGAAAGUCGGGGCAUCAGCCUUGGCUGCGGCGGCGGCGAUUAGCAAUGAGAAUCCUUUGCUGCGCUCCGCACUGGCUCACGCGUUUUGUUGUCUUGUUGGAUCACUGAAUGAUUCAAAUUCGAUGAUUGCCCAGUACACUGCUUCGCAGUUGGCGUCCUUGAAUAAUACUGCUCUUUUGUGCGGAAUUCAGUGUUUGGAAUUUCAGUUCGAUACGGUGAUUGCUGAUCGGUGCUUGAUCUUGCAACGCAUGCAUCAGUUGAGUAGCACACUCCGAAACCGCCAAGUUUUCACCUGGGAAUUUUUCGUCAACCGUUUCGGUCUUCUGGCUUUACAGGCCCAAAUGGCUGCCACAGGACAGCAGGAUAUCGACGCAGUCACCGACCUGAAUGGCUACCACAGAAAUAGCCAGCACUUCCAAAGUCAGUUUGAACGAGCUUGCUUUGCUAUUUCUAAGUGCACCGGUCUUCGAUCAAUCAGUGAGCUAUCUCGGGCCAAAGCUUUGAGAUCGACAGCUUGUUCCGUUGCAGCUGUAGCGCAAUCACAACUGCCAGCUUCCGCAGCUCAAAGAUCCUCAUAUAUUGACCCGGGUGGAGGAUCUCAGCGAGGGGCUAACUCUGAGAGAAACGCAACAGAAAAUAUCUCACCGACUGGCGAUGGGCAAGAAACAGCUUCUAGACCACAAACACCACAUUUCCAGUCGUCCCGUCGGGAGAGGCCCUCGAUGGCAUCCUUCACUGGAUUUUUCUCUUCUGGUCCAGCUGGUAUGGAGUUCAUGGAUAGCAGUAACAAAUUCUUUUGCAACAUACGGAAUGCAUUGGACCAGGACAGCGAGGAGCGUGAUACUUUGCAUCUUUGGGUCCGUUUGCUUCUUCGGUUCAUGUCUACCAUAGAAUUGGAUGCUCGACCUGAUGACACAUCCAGCGGUAGUGGUAGUUUAACCGGUAGUGGCAGACACUCCGUGGCCACCGCGAAAGAUGAGCUUCGAGACAGGAAGGCGCUGAGCAAGGCACAAAGACAUUUGGCAUUUCUGCUGGGCUAUGCAGACGGGGCUUUCAACAUACCACCGCACACGCUGAGAAACUCCACUGUGUUCCAUUCAUUUCUGGCACAUGUCAUGGGUGUUCUGGAUCGAAAUUAUGGAAUGGGUUCAUGUAUUCUGCACCAAACACUUGUUGUACUGCAAUACUGUGCGUCGCCUCAACGUUACGCAACAGACACUCAGCCACCUACAUUCUCCUUGCGUCUGCUCGAACCGCAAGUACGGUUGGAUUGGUUACAAACCCUUCUUGUCAUCUUGUACAAGUACGAGUAUAGUGCACCUGGAGGCACGAUCCCCAGUGGACAAACUGGCAGUGUCGGGGCACAAACAGGAUACAACACAAAUUUACUGAAUCAUCCAAAUCUAGCUGCUGGCGGUGUCACAAACAACGGCACGGGAACGCUGGGUAAACUGAGGAAAAGUAGCUCAGAGAUCACAAUACGCGACCAAGAAGAGAUACACAAAACGCUAAUCGGAACUACUGGAGGCAGUACGGGUGCAAACAUUGGACAGGGGCAGACAGGAUCGGUGGCAGUCGCGGGAUCAUCCAAUGUCUCAGCCAGUGUCCCACCAAACGCAUUCGCAUUGGGUCAUACCUAUCUCGCGGGACCUUCGAGUACACCUCCUGGUGGGACUCGUGGAAUAGUGGAGUACUUAAUACAAGUUGUUCUGAACACUUUGGAUGCUCACGCGCACGUUUGUCGUGACCGCACAGAGGAUGAACCGUUUGAUCCACCUUCACCGCCAGUCAGACUACGGGAAAUCAGCAAUGUUAGUGCAGACUUCACAACCAUUUUUGAGACGGACACGCCCCCUGCUAGCCCGCCCGUUGAAGGCGAGGCUUCGGACGAUGAUGCAGUGGUGAUGCCUGGGGUGACCAUAACUUUGUGUAACCUGGAUGGCGACGAAAACGCAAACAAAUCAAACACUGACUCCGAAAACCAUGCGUUGGACCAGCAACCGGACAAACAGGAGGAUACUCUGAUCCAGGCAACAUAUGAAAUCAAACCAAAGGGUCGUUCGAAACCCCAAUACAACUACAAGACGGAUAAAAUGGAACAGGGGAUUGCGGCACGAACAGAAUCAAGUGACACUGCCGGUGAUGGCAAGGUGGGAAAGGAUUAUGUGUUGCAACAACAACAACAACCAACAACAAAAGGAUUGCCUGAGCGGGCAUCCCCAACGCUGCCGAAAUCUCAACAGGAUCAAAUGGAUUUCAGUCUGUCUGUGGCCCCAUCCACUGUGUCACUGGAUGAACAGGCUAUCAAUGCUCCAAUACUGACGGACGGGAUCGAAAUGACGGUGUUACAAGAAAGGAAGGUUUCCCCCGCCAGUUCGUUGACGACGUCAUCUCAGGUACCAGAUACUACUCUUGACACGAAAGCUUUGAAACGUGUUGCGCUUCGAUUACACAAACGAACUGUUGCUGAGGGAUCGGAUGAAAGGGAGAAGGAAUUAGCGAAAGAUGAGUGUACGAAACACCCAUCAUCCGGGACCCAGCCUCUCGAUUCAAAUUGCAACGUUGUCGGACAGCGUGUUUCCAAACCCAAGUACACAACCUGUGAUCCGAGUAAACACAGCUUACCGAUUUCCUCUGGACGCGGUGGGAUAACCACUAAAAAUGUACCGGAUAGGGAACCAAGAGCUUCCAAAAUCACAGACGAUCAAGGACGUCCUGAUCGAGAAUCGAGCAUCCCUAGUUCCGCUACACAAAGAAUAGAAAAGAAAAAAUCUAUGGCCAAACCUUCAUCAUCACCGCAUGUACAGGCGCCUGUAUCCAGGUCUGGAAGUGUGUCAAACCUGGCAACAGCAGCUGCAUCCGCAGCCCUGACCAUUGAACGGUGCCCUUGGUGUUAUCAAGUUCUGGAGCGCUAUGAUGAGUCGACCCUGGGAUUGGGUAUGCUUUGCUUGGCCACCUUUGUGCAUCGAGAACCCAGCCUUGCUGCACCGUACUUGAAAGACAUGUUGCUUAUCGCAGCUCGCCUGACGAAUGCCUCGCUGUAUUCAUGGCAGACCAACCUGCCACACAUAAUUGUCCCCGGCAAUGUGGCAAGUAUUGCGCGGCAAUUCCUCCGUUGCACCAUGUACAACUUGGCUCCAAAUGGACUCUUUCUGCAGCUUUUCCAAACCCCAAUACCCGAUGAACAUUUCUUUAGGUGUAUCAUCUCAGUGUUGGUGGAUUUCGAAGAACACAUGUCAUUCUUUCAACCAGUGCUUCAGCUUCUUGAAGCACUGAAUAAACGAAAAACGCUGCCAACAGACACUCUGCCUGUGCUGCUAGAAAACAUAGCCAGCUAUUUGGAACAUUUGCCGAACUUGACAGAUGAUGUCAAGGUGAACCAUUUCAUUGCCUCUGGCUGGGCUGACACCAUUGGACCUUUGGAUCUGUUUUUGCGGAAACUUGCAACAGUGACUCCGGUGCCUAGCAAUUUGGCAACAACUGUGCGGAUUAUGACCUAUAUUCUUCGCGCCCCCGUCGCUUCCAACUUCAAGACCCUUCCGGAUACGUUUUCUGCCAUCCUUCGUCUUAUUGUCGAAAACGUACCAUUCAGACUAUCAAGUGUGAUCGAAUUGUGCUCUCUUAGCAGCCGCACCUUGAAGGAGCGUACGAAAAUCCAGUUGACAAAGACGCUCGUUGAACUUUUUCACCAAGCCAUCAAAUUUCGGGUCAGUAUUCCUGACGAAAAUUUGGUCAAAUUGCUUCAAUUUAUCCUGAUGGAUGCAGGCGGAACAUUGGAACCUAAUCAAGUUGUCGAGGGACUAACUACAUUGUUUAACCCACAAACUUAUCAUUUGUUCUCCACUGGUGCGGCCGAACUGAUGCGUCCCCAUAUUGCUGACUGCAUCGCCUUCCUAUCCGAUGUGCACACAAUGCAUAAGGUGAAGCAAGCGCAAAAAUUAGCGAUCCAACUGAACAUCCACGCUGCAGGCGGUGGACCGUAUCAUGGAGUGAAUCCAGCCAACGGAGUUUGCGGCAAUGGGCCACCCAAUUUGGGCGCUUCUGCAGGACUGAUGAGCAGCGGCACAGGAAUGUCUGGAGUGACUGUCGUUGGUGGGUCUGCAAUCCACGGCGCUUCUGGUGCUGGUGGUGGAACCGCCAGCGGAUUUGGAGGUAAUACGGGAUUGAACGUGUCAAUCCCGAGUAUUCACGAGGACGUGUUGGGGGCACAUUUGAAAUCUGGAUUGGCCCAGUACAUAUCCUUAGAAUUAUCGCGUUCGAGUAGUUGCAACGAUCAGGAUGUCAUAACUCUUUUGGCACCAGGUUUAUUGGCGGACAUUCGACCCUUAAAAAACACUGGAUUUACGUCUUCGAGCAACUCUCAGCGACUGAAACCGCCAUCCAUGCAGCCCCAGGCGACGGGAUCAGUUACAGCUACACCUACGAGUGGGACACUUUUGGGUGCAGGAUUAGAGGGUGGGUCUGGAAGAAGCACACGCCCCUCAAGUAGUGUGAUCUCUAAAUCAAGUGACGAUCAUCCCAGUGAAAGGAUUAUUCACCGUAACGCGGAUACUAUGAUUGUAGUAACCCAUUCAACAGAAAACGCAGUGAGUGAGUCGCAGCAAUGUGACAGUGGAGAAGCACAACAGGCAUCUGUUUCAGCGUCGAAUAGCACAACCGGUCUGAGAAUCCAGACACCGAUUCCAUCGAAUUCGUCUAGUCCCGCCAGUGGCCAGAUCAAUCCAUCGCCAGUUUCAGGCGCAGCAAUAAGCCUAACGUCACCGCCAGGUGCGCCGAUCACAAGUUCGCCACGCCUUGGGACUCACGGUCACGUGACUCUGGCCCCAACGAGCUCACAAACCUCGCAGCUUGAUGCACCCGUUCUACAUCUGCUUCCUUGGCUGAAAUCUAUUCCUCCGUCUUCUCAACUCGGACCACGCGAUUUUCUUGUCAUGGUGGAGCGAGUGCGGACAUUGUCGUGGCUGUUGUUGGGAGCCACCAUGAACAUGGCCCUGACGCGUGAGGCGACUGGGUUGGCCUGUCGACCUGUCCCAUUUGUUCUGGUGAGGGCUGUCGCAGAUUUGGUGAAGGCAUUGCUCAGCAGCUUUCCAGACCAACAAAAACAAUCUGUCACGGUCAUGUCAUCUCUGUACCACGCGUUUCUUCUUUGUCAGGUUUGGACUGUUUACUGUGAGACUGCAGCAAGCCUUUCACCUGCACACUCAACACAACACAAAGCCGCGGUUGCUACUGCGGUCGAUUUUUGGACGCGCAUUAUGCCCACUGUUCUUCGGUUAUUAUCUAUUUCUGAAGACUUCGUCAUCGUCAGCGGACGCCUGUUGACCGUUAUGGAAGAGUUAAUGGAGUGCCAGUGUGCAGUCGUCACGAAGCUGUUUCCGGUUUGGAUUCCAAUGCUCUGUGGAAGGCAUAGACAGUUACCUGGAAAUAUGCUGAAGCGCCUACAGAAAUGCAUCGAAUGGGAGCCACCGGAACCGUACACCCGCUUGCUGUUACUGUUCUCUCUUCCGGACUCGUCAGCUGGAGGUUCGACUAUCACUGGAAGAAAGCAUUCCGCCAAGAAAGGGAGCUCACACGAUCGGACGGCACCAAUUCACACAACAUCUCACUCACUCCCAGGACUGACGGCCGAAUCGCUUCUGGCUUGUCAAGCAAAUAGCCUCAUGGGGUGUAAUCCCCUAUCAAAGACGUCCAAAGGACUGCCUGAGGAAACUGCGAUCCUCACAGGCGGAGUACAAUGUGCUGGUCACGCGCUGGCUUCGAGCGCUCCCUAUUCAAGUGAUGGUGUGGGCACGGGUGUAGGGAUAGGAGCCGGAGCGUUGGGAACAGACUUGCUCACCAGUCGCCUAGUCGCAUGGCUGAAGAAACAUAUAUUCGUACUUGGUCGAAACGAGGAUCAGCACUCAACAGCCACGCAUAUAUUUGUCCACUAAGAACUAUGCGUCUCUGUUGAAUGAUCUGCAUUAGGAAGCUGAUUACAACUAAUUUAUUAUGAUUACCAAGCAUAAUAGUCACCGUGUUUUACUCUAUUUCAUGAAUCAUGUCUCGAUCACUUCUGUUCCUGUUCAGUACAUUGUAAAAC